AUGCCAGGGAGCCCCCAGGUGGCCGUAGCCCUUGCUACCUGCCCUGACCCCAUCAUGACAACUUUAUCAGCAAGUGACCUCUGCCACUACCAAGGGGCCUAUAUCUGGCCCCUCACAGUCGAGUGCUGUCCUGUCGACGUCCUAAGUGUCUAUAUGUUCUUUGCAUCAGUUAUGAAGCCUCCUAUUUCUUCCAACUUAUACCCUGUAAUAGAUGAUUCCACCUCUUCCCGGCAUCUUAAGCCAAAGAGGGUCCUUCCUCCUGAUGACUCCCCCUUAAUAGACCUCUUAACCGAGAACCCCCCUCCCUACCAGCCUCCCCCUCCACCGGCGCAAGCAUCAAAUUCCUCAGAAUCUGAGGAAGAAUCAAAUAACCUGCUGGAGGAACGCCACCCCUUACCAUCCCCAAUGGCGGGAAGACUUAGGGGUCGCAAGGAACCUGCAAAGGAGGGGUCUUCCAAGCUCCUUCCCCUACGCCAAGGAGGGGGCCCAGGCAACCAAUUCCAAUACUGGCCCUUCUCGGCCUCAGACUUAUAUAACUGGAAGUCCCAUAACCCUUCCUUCUCACAGGACCCUAUAGCUUUGACCGCUCUGAUCGAGUCCAUUCUAAUCACGCAUCAACCCACUUGGAAUGAUUGCCAGCAGCUCUUGCAGACUCUUCUCACUAUAGAGGAGAGACAAAAAGUUUAUCUGGAAGCCAGAAAAAAUGUUCCGGGAGACAAUGGAAGACCUACCCAGCUCCCGAAUGUGAUUGAUGCCGCCUUUCCCUUGACCCGUCCUGACUGGGGUUUCAAUACGGCUGAAGGUAGGACCCACCUAAAUCUUUAUCGCCAGUUACUCAUAGCAGGCCUCCAUAAUGCAGGGCGCCGCCCUACCAAUUUGGCUCAGAAUACUCCUCUACUACCUGUCAAGAAACCUGGUACAGAUGACUACCGGCCGGUCCAGGACCUAAGAGAGGUCAAUAAACGAGUAGAAGACAUCCACCCUACCGUGCCUAACCCUUACAACCUACUUAGCACCUUGCCUCCGACCCACUCAUGGUAUACUGUCCUAGAUCUAAAGGACGCUUUCUUCUGUUUAAGACUAAGUCCCCAGAGUCAACCCAUUUUUGCAUUCGAGUGGAAGGACCCAGAAUUGGGAAUUUCAGGUCAGCUAACCUGGACAAGGCUACCACAAGGAUUUAAGAACAGCCCCACGUUAUUCGAUGAGGCCCUCCACCAGGACCUAGCCGAUUUCCGGGUAAGACACCCCUCCCUGAUCUUACUCCAAUAUGUCGAUGACAUCUUACUGGCAGCAACAAAUGAGGAGGACUGUCAAACAGGUACAGGGGACCUCCUACGAACCCUUGGCCAGUUGGGAUAUAGGGCAUCCACAAAGAAGGCUCAGAUUUGUCAGACUAAGGUCACCUACCUGGGCUAUGAAUUGCAUAAUGGCCAGAGAUGGCUAACGGCCGCAAGGAAAGAGACUAUAUCCAGCAUUCCAAUGCCCCAAACCCACAGGCAAUUGCGGGAAUUCCUAGGGACAGCGGGCUUUUGUAAGCUAUGGAUCCCUGGGUUUGCAGAAAUAGCGGCCCCCCUAUACCCCUUGACCAAACAGGAUACCCCUUUCGUCUGGACUGAACAACAACAGCAGGCAUUCAAUCAUAUUAAACAAGCUCUCCUCAAGUCCCCAGCAUUAGGCCUGCCGGACAUAACUAAACCCUUUGACUUGUUUGUCGAUGAAAAACAAGGGUUUGCUAAGGGGGUUCUAACUCAAAGACUAGGGCCUUGGAGACGCCCUAUCGCCUACCUCUCUAUGAAGUUAGAUCCCGUAGCAGCAGGAUGGCCACCAUGCCUAAAAAUGAUAGCAGCCAUAGCGGUCCUAGUCAAGGAUGCAACCAAACUAACUUUGGGACAGCCUGUAACAAUCCUGGCUCCACACACAGUGGAAUCUUUAAUUCGCCAACCACCAGACCGCUGGCUGUCUAAUGCUCGCCUUACUCACUAUCAGUCCCUCCUCCUGGACACAGACAGGAUCCAGUUCGGACCUGUGGUGACUCUCAACCCCGCAACUCUCCUACCCACCCCUGGAGAGGCCCCCUUGCAUGAUUGUCACCAGAUCCUUGCAGAAACACAUGGAACACGACCUGACCUAACCGACCAACCCAUGAAGGAUGCGGACCUACCCUGGUACACAGAUGGCAGUAGCUACCUGCAGGAUGGAGAAUGACGGGCAGGAGCCGCCAUCACGACCGACUCUCAAAUUGUGUGGGCAAGUGCGUUACCAGGAGGCACUUCAGCCCAACGGGCCGAGCUAAUCGCCUUAACGCAGGCCCUCCAACUGGCAGAAGGUAAGAAACUCAAUGUUUACACAGAUAGCAGAUACGCCUUUGCCACCGCCCAUAUUCAUGGGGAAAUUUAUCAGAGAAGGGGACUACUAACCUCCGAUGGGAAAGAAGUUAAAAAUAAGACUGAAAUAUUGGCCCUACUAAAGGCCUUAUUUCUCCCCAAGAAGUUGAGCAUAAUGCAUUGCCCAGGCCAUCAAAAAGGAAGUAGCCCAGAGGCCAAAGGAAAUCUCUUGGCCGAUGAAACAGCCCGACGGGCAGCUUUAGGGCCUCAACUAUUGACUGUCACCAUCCUCACUGAAACAGAGGGAACCAAUGAAGCCCCCGUUUGGAAUUAUGAAGAAACCAAUUUAGACAUCAUGCAGAGGUUGGGGGCCAAUUACAACCCGACCCUGAACCAAUGGGAAUAUCAAGGAAAAGCCAUAAUGCCCAUUAAAAUGGCAAAGGAACUAAUAAAUCACCUCCAUCGGCUGACUCAUCUAAGUGCAAACAAAAUGAAAUCCUUAAUGGAUAGAGCCAAUUUAGAAAACUAUUUCCCCAAACGAAACUUCCUUCUUCGACAAGCGGCCGCAAAUUGCAGAGUGUGUGCCCAAGUCAAUCCUGGAAAAACUAGUAUCUGACCAGGAGUCCGAGUACGCAGUCGCCGCCCUGGCACACAUUGGGAAAUUGACUUUACCGAGAUUAAGCCUGGCAUGUAUGGAUAUAAAUAUCUCUUAGUUUUUCUAGACACUUUUUCAGGUUGGGCAGAGGCCUUCCCCACCAAGAAGGAGACUGCCAACAUAGUUGCUAAGAAGUUACUGGAGGAGAUUUUCCCAAGGCCCAUCUGCAAGCUUUGCAGCUGGUGCAACAAGAAAUCUGGAAACCCCUGGCAGCCGCCUACCAGGAAGAACUUAACAUCCCAUCGCGACCCCAUCCCUACAAAAUCGGGGAUACUGUCUGGGUACGCAGGCAUCGAGCCACAAAUCUUGAACCCCGCUGGAAAGGACCUCACACGGUGCUCCUAACAACGCCCACGGCGCUAAAAGUUGACGGGAUUGCAGCCUGGAUACACGCCUCCCAUGUAAAGGCAGCACACCCGGACGGACAGACCGAACGU